CCGCCCCCCUGCUUGUGACAUCGAAGGCACAGCGCGGUUAGUGAUUGGUUGGUUUAUGUGAACGAGCGCCGCGCUCGAGCUCGGCGGGUGGAGGAGAGAAGAUGGCGGCGAAGGGUGGAAAGAAUGGCUUUUUGUCCAAAUGGAAGAUCGAUGACAAGCCGAUUAAGAUUGACAAGUGGGAUGGUGCAGCUGUGAAAAACGCCUUGGACGAUGCUGCCAAAAAGGUUCUUCUGGAGAAGUACGGGUACGAGGAGAAUUACGGACUGAUUGAUGGACGGCUCCUCAUUUGCACAAUCUCUUGUGUCUUUGCAAUAGUUGCCCUUAUCUGGGACUACAUGCAUCCUUUUCCUGAGUCGAAGAGUGUCCUUGCAGGCUGUGUCCUUUCCUAUUUUGUUAUGAUGGGGAUUCUCACAUUUUAUACCUCUUACAAAGAGAGAAGCAUAUUUUUAAUCGCUAUACAGAAAGACCCUGCUGGAUUGGAUCCCGGUGACAUCUGGCAACUCUCAUCUUCUCUACGGAGGUUCGAUGACCAGUAUACCUUAAAGAUGACUUUCAUUGAUGGACGAACCAACCAGGAGCGGGAGAGGGAGUUCACCAAGUCCCUUGAGUAUUUCUUCGAUGAGUCUGGUACCCUGGUUAUGGAUCUGUUUGAGCCAGAAGUGUCCAAGCUGCACGAUUCCUUGGGGAAGAAGAAAAAGAUGAAAUAAGAGUUUGUGCCUGCUUCUUUGAUGCAUUAUGUUGUACUGCUGGGAUCGUGCUCGCAAAGAAAAGGAAAAAAAACA